UUGUUUUCAACUCGAUUUCAUCUUUUACCCAGUACUGCUCCCAACGUUUGUGGAACAUUCUCUGGAACUACUCAGUGCUGCGUUGGAUGGACAAAGAAUCUUGAUGGUCUCUGUAAAAUAGCUAUUUGUGAUGGGAACUGUGGCGAAAAGGGCUCCUGCAUUGCUCCAAAUAAAUGCAGAUGUGAAGACGGGCGUGUAAGGGAAGAGUGUACAAAUGAAGAGGACUACGGUUACCUAGCGGAUGAACCGGCUCGCUGUCCGUCCAAUUGCAACAAUCGCGGAAGCUGUAUCAAUGGAAAAUGCGUUUGUGAACCCGGUCUAGGAGGAAGCGCUUGCGAUCAAGAAGAGCUGGGCCCGUGUUUCCUUCAAACAGAACGCGGUAUUUGCAAAAAUAAGAUAAAGAAUUCCGCCAAUGAGACCACAAUGAUGACUCGAGCCGCCUGCUGUGCCAGUGUCGGCAAUGCUUGGGGUGAAUUGUGUCAAGUUUGCAGCAGUCUGCAAUCCUACUGCGGCAUUGGAUAUAUUCUCGCAGAUCACAAGUGCGUAGAUGUAAAUGAAUGCGAAAUUUCAAAUGUGUGCGCCGGAGGAAUUUGCCGAAAUACUGAGGGAUCAUUUGAAUGUGAUUGCCCCCGAGGAUACGUUUUUGAUAAAGUCAGUGUCCAGUGUCGACCGGCCCAAAACGCUUGUCAAAAAAAGCCAGAACCAUGCAAUCCAGGUGGACGCUGUAUACCCAUUCAAGAAUCCGCGUACUACUGUCUUUGUGAUCCUGGAUAUUUUGCUGUGGAAGGAAGAACCCGUUGUCAAAAGGAAGAAGUGACACUCAAUUACUGUGAGAUCUUUGAAGGAAAGCUGUGCAAGAAUGGAGAAUGUCAUCCAACCGCGUCUUCAUAUGAAUGCACUUGCAGUUCUGGCUACGUGCCUAGUCGUUUCAAGAAGCAGUGCAUAAAAGAAUUUAAUGCGUGCACGAUGUAUGGAAACAAUGUUUGUGCCAAUGGACAAUGUAUUCCGUCUGGUCGGAGUUUUCGAUGUUUAUGCAAUCCUGGCUACAUCCUUUCAAAAGAUGGUACUCUAUGCCUAGAUAAAUGUCAACAAAUCGGACCAUCAUUGUGUCCCAAUGGUUACUGCCUUGGUCGUCCCUAUGGAGAUUAUGAAUGCCUAUGUAACUACGGCUAUCAACCAUCGGUAGAUCGAAAGAGCUGCAUAAUUUCGAAUCCCUACCAAACUUCAAAGCGUGAUGUAUGGAGUGGAAACGGUUAUCGUGGUUCCUAUCAAGCUGAUUGGCCGCAAGAUUUCAAACCAAAUAAUUUAUAUGCGCCAUCGUCUUCAGCACUGACUUAUCCGAAUCCAUGUGACGAUAGGACCGUAAAACGCAAAUGCACUGGUGGUUUCUGCAUUAAUUUGGGCAAGGGACAGUAUGAAUGCAGAUGCUACAGCGGUUACCGUGCGGUGAAUAGGAAUACGCAAUGCAUUGCCGAUUACAAAACCCAGAAGGGUAAGUUUGCUAGCAACCCCCCCCCCUCCUCUUCCACUCUCCCCUGAUAA